CAGUUUCAAAGAGAGGAUGACGCCCCGAGAUUUUUUUCGGGCCGGGAUAGUGUAGAUGCUGGUGUGGGUCUGUUAAACAGUAAUUCAAACACAUCUGCUGACGAAUCAUUGGCUGCGCUCGAGCGACGUGUGGCAGAAGCUUGCUCGCUUGUCGAAAGAACGUUGAAAGAAAGACAAGAAAGAGAGGAAACGAUGAAAGAAACUGAGCAGAAAAGAAAAGAGGAGCGGGCAAGGAAAGAAAAACAGGCACGUGAAAAAAAAGAAAGGGAAGCAAGGGAAGCAAGAGAAACGGAGCGCAGGAAUGAAAGAGUUGAAGGGAACGCGACGAGUGGUGGACGAGAAACACCUUCGCAAAACUCGGUUGGUGCUGAGGUUAGACAAUGGCUUUGUGAACAUUACCAGCGACUCUGCCGUGUUAAGUUCCCAUGCUGCGGAAGGUUCUUUCCUUGUCAUCGCUGCCACAACAACUCUGGGUGUCCAAAUGACAACUCCAAAGCAAGAGAGGCGUGUUAUGUCGAGUGCUCUAUUUGUAACCAUCAACAAGAGAUCAACCAGGACGCCCACACUUGUGCCAGAUGCAAAACAAAGUUCUCAGCAUAUUUCUGCUCUGUAUGCAAACACUUCACGGGCGAGGAUAAAGCUCCUUAUCACUGCACAAAAUGUGGUAUCUGCCGCAUCUACAAGGACCGCUCCUUCCACUGUGAUGUUUGUAACGUCUGUCUGGACAAAAGGCUGGAAGGCAGACAUUCUUGCCGAGAAAAUUCCGGACAUGAUGAGUGCUGCAUCUGUUUGGAGGACGCUUUCAGCGGUUGUCAGAUCCUGCCAUGCUCACACAAGGUUCAUCGAGAGUGUGCUAUUGCUAUGAUACAGAACGGCGUGUAAGUGUGCAUGGAAUGUCGUGAUAUCUACUUUUGCUAAUGAACUUACAGAUGGGGGAAUGCUCCACUGCUGCGCUGAAAAUUUGUCGAUAUUCAUGUAAUACUGUACUGGGUGUGUGUGGACCUGCUCAAGCUAUGAGUGCGCAAGGAGUAGUUUUCAGUUACAUGUAAAACGAAAGACCUCCAUUUCCUCAUUUGGAUCGAGUGAGUAAGAGUGAUACAUUUACGAACAGCGAUUGUCCUUUUCGACUAAAAUAACUUCCGAAAAGUUAGCAAACCACAUUAAGAAUCC